AGAAAAACCGCUAUGUAGCCAAAGUGCUUAGGAGAAAACGAGCAGCGUUGUGGCCAUUGUAGUCAUUUCGUAAUAAUUUAAAGCGUCGGGUGGUAUAGCAUAAGCCCGUUUUGAAGAUGAAAGUGAGAUAACUAGUGCGCAUUGGUUGUUAAGGGUAGAAAUGGAGAAGCAGUCGCCUCUGCUGUGUUCUGAGCUGAGUGUUCAGCGCAGACUGUAUGAGGUCACAUUAAACUGCGCGAUUCUCGCGUGGAAAGACGUACAAAACGCCAAAAAACACACCGGACGCGCCAUAUAUGGAGCUGUCAAAGCUGGUAGUCAUUGUGUCCCGGUGUGUGAGAUUAUAGCCGUUCAGGAAAAGGAAGAUGACUCUCCAUGUAAAGACACUGGGAAAUGGCAGAAAGUUCCCCAGAGCCCGGCGGACUCCUGCCAGCACGCUUUCACAGUGUUCUACGUGGAGAGGACGAGGCAGCACUGCUGGCGGUGCAGCAACGUGACUUUCCAAUGCUCUGAACAUUCCCUAUGCCUGCUCUGGAUACAAACUAUUAAGGAACAGCUAGCAUUAUUGACCAAUCGACCGAAGAGCUUGCUGGUGUACAUCAACCCCUACGGAGGAAAACAACGCGGCAAGCAGAUUUACGACCACAAAGUGGCCCCCAUCUUUUCCCGGGCUUCCAUUUUCACCGACGUGAUUGUUACAGAGCAUGCAAAUCAUGCCAGAGACCACUUGAAGGCAGAGGCUGAUCUGAAGAAGUAUGAUGGUGUGGUGUGUGUCGGAGGAGAUGGCAUGUUCAGCGAGAUUAUGCAUGGCCUUGUCUCACGUACACAACGAGAUGCCGGUGUAGACGAGAACUCGUCAGAAGAGACUCUUAUUCCAUGUGGACUUCGCAUUGGCAUUAUUCCUGCAGGCUCCACUGACUGUAUAUGCUACGCCACGGUUGGCUCAAAUGACCCCGUCACCUCAGCGCUGCACAUGGUUGUGGGUGAUUCUCAGCCAAUGGACGUCUGCUCGGUGCACAGCGAUGAACGUUUCCUGCGUUACUCUGUGUCACUGUUGGGUUAUGGUUUCUAUGGAGAUGUGCUAACAGACAGCGAGAGGAAGCGCUGGAUGGGUCCUGCUCGUUACGAUAUCUCAGGGGUUAAAACGUUUCUGUCACAUCGCUACUAUGAGGGAACCGUGUCAUUCCUACCUGCAGAAGAAAACUUGGGAACUCCAAGAGACAAAGCGCAGUGUCGAUCUGGGUGCAGCAUCUGCCGUCGAUCCUCAUCCGACAAACUCCUCAGCAAAGAAGAUGAAGCCAGCGUUUCUGAUGUCGAUUGUCGGGACACCUGGACGGUCAUCAGGGGGAAGUUCUUGGCCAUCAAUGCCGCCAGCAUGAGUUGUGCAUGUCCUCGCAGUCCAAAAGGUCUGUCGCCGUCCGCACACCUAGCAGAUGGAACGACUGACCUCAUCCUCGUCAGAAAGUGCUCCAGAAUUGACUUCCUGCGCCACCUGCUGCGACACACCAAUAAGAAGGACCAGUUUGAUCACUCUUUUGUGGAGGUGUACCGAGUCAAGCAGUUCCGCUUCACUCCCAGGUUUCAGGAAUGUGGCUCAGAAAUGGACCUGAGAGAGAGCAGGGCAGGAGGCAAACGCUUCUUCUGUCAGAUCUGCAGGGAAAACAGAGCCUGUGGCUGCAUGUCAUCCCAGAGCAACUGGAACUGUGACGGAGAGAUCCUUCCACACACUGCCAUUCAAGUCCGAGUCCACUGCCAGUUGAUUAAGCUGUUUGCGAGAGGAAUCGAAGAGCAGCCGGUGUUUGAGGAUCUGUACGCUCACUGUCAACUCAACAAUCCUCCAAAUCAUGAACCAUGAAGAAUGGAGAUGGAAGAGUCUCCUUUAGCUCAGCUUAUGCUGUUUCUAAUGCUGUCAUACCCUCAGAAUCCUCAUGAAGAUGCUUUUGAGACAGAGCCGGAAUCAACAGUUUCUGUGGAAUUAGUAUUGCUGUUUUAGUUUUUAUUUGCAGUUCUUGAAGUUGCUGGUUAUAUCACCUGCUGUUCAAUCGUCAGCAUUGGUCUUCCUCUGCAAUCAAGCUGGACUUGAGAGUAGCGUUAACUCAAUCCCAAAGUCAAAUUCAUGGAAGUGUGAAAACAUUCCUUCUCGUAGCACCUUCACCAUUUUGUGUAGAUGUGAAGCAUGUGGUGGUCUGCUGAUAAAGUUCCUUGUGUACCAAAAAAAAAAAAAAAAAGUUAUAGUUUGCAUUAAAAAAAAACAAUUUUGUCAUGGUUUUCACACCUUGUUUCAAUCCUGUUUGAAUUUCUUUCUUCUGUUGAACACAAAUGUAGGAAAAUGGUAGCCAUUGACUCCUAUUGUGUUGUUUUUACCUACUAUGCAGGUCAAUGUUUACCAGUUCCAACAUUCUUCAAAAUAUCUUAUUUUAUGUUCAAGAGAAAAAAGAAACUCAUAAAGGUUUUGAACCACUUGAGGGUGAGCAAAUGGUGAGUAAAAUGUCAAUUUUGGGUGAACUAUCACUUUAGCGGUGUUAGUAAAUGAACUUCAUUCAAAAAUGAAAAUUCUGUCAUCACUUACAAAGUAACUCUUUUUAACAAAUUUAUGUUGCACGCAUGCAGUGUUGUUUUUAUUAGCUAAAAU